UGAAAUUCUUGUUAAUUGCCAACAUUAUUCAAUUGUACUUGUUCUUGAAGUUAUUGUUAUUACUCUUCACAUUGCGGACGUGACGAAGGAUUUAUAUCCAUUGCAAUGUUUAGCGAGAAUGAAUAAUGAUUUGAACAAGACAUUUAUAUUUGCCGACGUGAUUAAUACAUGUACCUUAGGAAAACAACAAUUCUACAAAUAAAAUUACAUUUAAUUUAUUUAUUCAUCAAUUUAUAGAAAGUUAAUAUCAUUCAACGAACUCAUUAAUAUUCAUUAAAGAAUUAAAAAUAUCCGGCAUUUGAUAUUUAAGUUGGUUGUAUAACCAUAAAAAAUUUUUUUCUAACAUUCUUGCUUCCACAUUACUGAGGGUGUAAAUAAGUGUUCUCAACUUCCUUUAAAAUUCCUGUGUGAGUCCUCGCAUAUUUUCUUUUUCAAUGUGUUUUUGUUUAUUUAUUUGUUAAAAUACCGUUGCAAAAUAGUGAAUGCAUAAUCAGAAAAAAUAAACUUUAUUUGUAAGUAAACAUUCCUUUACAAAGGCCUUGUUUCAUCGAACAGUCAAUUAGCUGACAGUAUAAAUUAAAUUAUUCUUCGCUGCAUAUGUACAUAUUGCGCUGACUGUGCUAAGUCUUGACUUGAAAUACUUAUUCAUGACUUAACUGCGCCGUGAUCAGUUAAUCGCGCAGUGUUGUACCAGAAAGACCAACGAGAACUAUUACUCACAAGUGGAAAGUUAUAAAGAAAAGUGACAAAGAUGGCAGAUAAAAUGAUGCCAUCAAAAUAUUCAAGGCUAUUAGUGUUAUUAUUUUGUUUAACAUUUGUUGGAGCAUUGGCGACAAUCCCAGCCAAUUUAUCACCACAAAAUUUUUCGGAUUUACUUGUUCAUAAGGCUUUGACAUUUUUAAAUGCUCAUUCGUCAACAAAACAUUCGUAUAAAAAUGGAAAGUUGGUAUUUGCACAGCCGACGUACCAACGAGACUAUGCUAUCUGGAAGGUAUCCGUGAUUCUAGAUCCAGAUUGCCCAGAAGGAUCAUGUUCCCAAGAAAUAUGUGAAAUGAAUAUUCUCCAAGAUGUUGUCAACAAUUUAAUUGUUGAUAAUCAAUCAACACAAUGCAGUGAUUUUACACCCCAGACAAAUCAAGAUAGUAAUGAAAUAUCACAAGAACAUACUUCAGAUCGUCAGGAGCAAGAGAUGAUAAAAGAUUUGGAAAAACAAAUAAUAAACGACAGUGUAAAACUUGAUCAUGAAGUUCAACGUGUUACAUCUAAGAAUGAUAAACCUUUUAUAGCUAUAAGAUCAACAAAUUACUGUCCCGGAUGUCCAUAUGAGCUAAAUCCUAACAUCCCAGGUCUAGAAACCUUUGGUGAAGUCGUGCUAAAAAGUCUAGAUGAUAUACAGAAUAAUGUCUUCAAGUAUAGAAUUGAUAGAAUUGUUCGAGUCACUCGUGCUAUUCCUCCAGGUCUGGAUGUCGUUCGAUAUGAGUUGUUAAUGAUGAUUGGAGAAACUGAUUGUUUCAAAACAAGUCCAAUUCCACGAUCUGAAUGUACGUUCCAGUCUAAUAAACCUCUAAUGUUGUGUUUAACUGUGUUUGAUGAGCGUCCUUGGCUUCCUGACAGUCGUGAGAUGGUAAAAAAUAACUGUACUGAGUCUAGUGAUCAAUUAAAUCAAGUGAAUGAUUUUAAUCGACCGGAGUUAGUGGGAGAAUCACUAGUUCUUGAUAAUGAUAAAGGAGAAACCCAGGAAGAGGAAAUAAAAUCAACAGCUCACGAUCAAUUGGCUCAAGAAGGACAAAUUAAUACAUAUAAAAGCAUCGUUGAUGAACUUCUUGAAGUUCCUGUUACUAAAGUACAAACUGGUUAUCAAGAUAAGGAAAUUGAGCCAGAGGUAACAGAAGCACCAUUUAAAGAAAUAACUUUAAAAAAAGAGGAAAUACCAAAAAAGCCUAAUAAAUUUUCUGAUAAAAUGAAAGAGUUUGAUGAAUUUUUGACUGAUUUUGAUAUUCCUAUUAAACCGACGAAACCAUCAGAACCAAUCUUCAAUGGCCCUGAAGUUGUUGAAGAUGUUAUUCGUCCAGAAAGAAUAGAAUCUAAUCUGUCUGAUGGAUCUCAAGAUCCUUUGAUCCAGGUUGCUCGCAGAAAAAGAUCUUUGAGAUCAGAGAAUAAGUUUGUCAUGAAAUUAGCACAAAAAGCUAUGAAUUAUCUAGAUGACAUUGAUCAAGAUGAUAACAAACGAGUUAUUGCUAAAGUUUUAGAUUCAGAAAAAGUAGAAGAGAAUAAUGGGAUUAUUUAUCACAUCACAGUUUUAUCAGCAUCUACGAACUGUUCAGAGAGACAAAAAAAUGUUAAAAAUUGUCUUCAUCGAUCUACUGACUCUUUGAAGAUUUGCAAGAUUCAAAUUAAUAUUGAAAACAGUAAUCCUCUUGAUACAGCGAAAGUCAUUGAGACUCAGUGCUUUGAUAAACGUGGAAAAAGGUUCAAGAGAGAAGCAUUCGUUGGAGGAACUACUGAGAUUCCUAUUGAUAAUCCUGAUGUGCAAUUAUAUGUGAAGGAAGGAAUGGAAAAAUAUUCAUCUGGAUAUCAAGGUACUAAAGAACCUGUUGUUGCAGAAGUUGUUAAAGCAACACAACAAGUUGUUGCUGGGAUGUUGUAUAAAAUAACUGUCAAAAUAGGUGAAAGUAAUUGUCCAAAGGGACAGUAUUCUAGUAAUUGUUUGUUGGCUGAUAAUAGUCCAACCAAGUUAUGCGUUAUUGAAGUUUGGUCUCGACCUUGGUUAAAUUUACGGGAAAUUACAGUGAAAUGUGAUGACAACCGAAGGAAACGAGGCCUUAAAGGUCAAGGAUACACAACAAAAAUGUUGAAAACAGCCAAGGAAAUUGAAGAUGAACGAGCUUUUACUAAAUUCCAGAAAAGAUUUAAUAAAUCAUACGGUUCAGAUGAGGAAAGAAAUUAUCGUUUUGAGAUCUUUAAGCAGAAUAUGAUUACUGCUAAAAAUUUCCAAAAACAUGAACAAGGAACUGCAACAUACGGAGCUACAAUUUUCGCUGAUUUGACCCAAGAAGAAUUCCGUAAAUUCACAGGUUUAAAACCUCAAUUGAGAUCAGAAAAUCAAAUACCUUUCCCAGAAGCUGAUAUUCCUGACAUAGAAUUGCCUGUGGAGUUUGAUUGGAGAAGUAAAAAUGUCGUAACUCCUGUGAAAAAUCAAGGAUCAUGCGGAUCAUGUUGGGCUUUUUCAGUAACUGGAAAUGUUGAAGGACAAUAUGCUAUCAAGCAUGGAAAAUUGUUAUCUCUAUCCGAGCAAGAGUUAGUGGAUUGUGAUAAACUUGAUGACGGAUGUGGUGGAGGACUUCAGGAGAAUGCAUACAGAGCUCUUGAAGAAAUAGGUGGGCUUGAAUUGGAAGAAGAUUAUCCUUAUGAUGGUGAAGAUGAAACGUGUCACUUCAAAAAAGGCAGAGUUGUUGUGAAUGUCGUUUCUGCAGUAAAUAUCUCAUCCAAUGAAACUAAAAUGGCUCAAUGGCUUGUUAAAAAUGGUCCAAUGGCUAUUGGAAUCAAUGCUAAUGCUAUGCAAUUUUACAUGGGAGGAAUCUCACAUCCUUGGUCAUUCCUUUGUAAUAAGGAUAAUCUUGAUCAUGGAGUUCUUAUUGUUGGAUAUGGAGUACACAAAUAUCCAAUUUUCAAAAAAACCAUUCCUUACUGGAUCAUUAAAAACAGUUGGGGUACACAUUGGGGUGAGCAGGGAUACUAUCGAGUGUAUAGAGGUGACAGUACUUGUGGUGUUAAUACUGAUGUUUCAAGUGCUAUUGUUGCUUAAGAACUAAGUGUUGUUAAAUCCACUUGUGGAUAUAAUGAUUAAUUAUCAAAAA